GAAGUCCGCAGAUACGCAGCUUAUUGAUUCUACUGUUUGGCCAUGUCGCAACCACCCACUGAAGAAACCAACUCGUCACUCACAGCCGCACAGCAGUUUCUGGAUUCAAUAGACGCCGAUGUCGGUCUAUCGUCUGCAAACGACCAUCCGGAUACUGGAGCUGAUUCCCAAAAGCCUGCCGAUGCCAAGGAGAUCAUGUCGUUUAUCGACGAAUGGACAUCUGAACCAACUGAAGGCGUGUCAAGCAAGGAAGAACCAAGUCAACCACAAGUGACAGGAAACAACCUACAAAGAGAUAUACCUCAAGAUAACAAUGGCGGAUGGGCUUCUUGGGGAAGCUCCCUUUGGUCACAGGCCAGUGCUGCCGUCAAAGCAGGUACGGAUCAAAUCAACAAAGUUACACAGGACUCUGAAACGGCCAAGCUAUUGGAAGGUCGUGUGAAGGAUAUUCAAUCCUUCGUGAAUAAGGAAAACAUUGGUAAAAUAGGUAGCGAGCUCCGAACUCUUACGUUGAAUGGAGUUAAUACAUUGCUUGAUACUGUUGCUCCCCCACUUUCGGACGAGGAAAUUGUGGAAAUCUGGCUAAGCAAGAGCCAGCUUGGCUAUCUAGGUUUGGAACAAAUCACUUAUCGAGCUUGGUCAUCUGUACUGGAACAGACGGCCACCGGAGAUGUCGUCGUUCAGACCGACCAAAAUGAGGGUAAAAACGAUACCGAUGGCGGCGCUUUCACAAUAACGCUUCACGAAAGCUUGGCAAAAGCUAAAGAGGCUGCUAAAGAGGACAUCCUAAAGCUGGUAGAAAGACACCCGGCACCCACCUCUACUACAGACACCACCAACCCAUCAGAAGGACAGAGUGAAAUCAAAAUUUGUCCAGUGUAUCUCUCCAUCCAAGCCAGUAAUCUUGACCUUAUGACCGAUCAAAAUGAACACAUGACCCUUACGCUAAUGUUGAGUGACCCGAAACAUCAAUUGGAAUUCCACGGUCUCUCUCAAAGUAUCCCUAAAAAAUGGUUGGACAUUCCUUACGAAGAAAACGAAUGGGUGGAGGAGAAAUUGGCCAAGGUUUUGAGAUUAGCCCUCACUACCAUUGCUCAAGAAUAUGUUUGGACCCGAAUGAAUCGUAUCGAAUAAUGGAAGAAGAAAAAAAAAAAAAAAAACAGAUAUCAUGGAUGGGUAUCGAACCGGAGUUUAGAAUAUAGCCCAUUUUUUCUUGUAUUUUCUCCAGUUUGGUUUCG